UAAUAAUUGACUAAAUUGAAAAAUUUUUUUACAUAAAAUUCAUUGCUCUAUUUUCUAUUGUUUUUGGUUGUUGAUUUCGAUUUAUUUAAAAAAGUAAACAAAAAAAGAAAGAACAUAUUCUUUCAACAACAUGCCAUCACGAGCAGAGAAUAUUCUUACAGGAUUUAAAUUAAAUUGGAUGAAUCUUCGUGAUGCUGAUAGUGGUGAUAUAUUCUGGGAAGGCAAUACUGAUUUAUCAAAACCAGAUAAAGAACAUGAAGCUCAUGUACCAAAAUCAAUAUUAAAAUGUCGUGCAGUAUCACGUGAAAUAAAUUUUACAUCAGCCGAAUCGAUUGAAAAAUUUCGUUUAGAACAACGUGUAUUUUUUAAAGGAAGAUGUCUUGAAGAAUGGUUUUUCGAAUUUGGCUAUGUUAUGGCCAAUUCAACAAAUACAUGGCAAUCAUUGAUUGAAGCUGCACCUGAAUCACAAAUGAUGCCGGCAAAUGUUCUUAACGGUAAUGUAAUAAUUGAAACAAAAUUCUAUGAUGAUGAUCUAUUGGUAUCGACUACACGUGUACGUUUAUUUUACAUAUGAAUAAUGAUGAUUCGAAUGAUACGAAUUUCGAUGAUUUUUUCUUCUCCAUAUAUGACUCAUAUGCAUCCAUCAAAUUCUUGUUCUUCCUUGAUAAACGAUCAAAAAAAAAAGAAAUUCAAUAAUUCACUUUGGACAUUGCCAUUUGUGUGUAGAAUUCAACAAAAAAAAAA